AAUGCCCGUCCAUUCAAAUCUCCUUCUUCAAGAUGGCGUCCAUGCGGGAGAGCGACACAGGUUUGUGGCUACACAACAAACUCGGCUCAGCCGAUGAGCUCUGGGCGCCUCCCAGCAUCGCCUCCUUGCUAACUAAGGACGUUGUGGACAACAUCCGAGUGUGUUUUCACGGCUUAUCAUCGGCAGUGAAGCUGAAACUGCUGUUGGGGAUCCUGCACCUUCCGAAGCGGACAGUAGACGAGAUGAAAAGUUCCUUGACUGAAAUUGUUCAUCUUGCUGCAAUGGAUACUGACUCUUGGGUUCAGAUGGUGGCAGAUAUUCUAAAAACCUUCCCUGAAACCGGCUCCCUCAAUCUUGAACUUGAGGAACACAAUCAGAAUCUGCAAGAAAUUCUUGGGGAACUCCGAGAAAAAGUUAAUGAAUGUGAAGCCUCUGCGAUGUUGCCUUUGGAGUGCCAGUAUUUGAAUAAAAAUGCCCUGACGACUCUUGUGGGACCACUCACACCCCCAGUGAAGCAUUUUCAGCUUAAACGAAAACCCAAAAGUGCCACACUUCGAGCAGAACUGUUGCAAAAGUCAACAGAAACUGCACAGCAGCUCAAAAAGACCUCAGGAGUGCCUUUAGCCAAAGGGAGAGGUUUGGUUAAGAAGCUCGAUACCACCACUCCCCUCAAAGGGAUUCCGAAGCAAGCUCCUUUCCGGAGCCCCACUACUCCCAGUGUGUUCAGCCCAUCAACAAACAGAACGCCAAUGGCUGUUCGGACGCCUAUGCGCAAGGAGAGAGGUGUAAAGUUGCUGGAUAUAUCAGAGCUGGAUAUGGUAGGUGCUGGUCGGGAAGCAAAAAGGAGAAGGAAGACAUUAGAUGCAGAAGUCACGGAGAAACCAGCCAAAGAAGAAACAGUUGUUGAUAGUGUCACACCAGAUUAUGCUGUUGGACUGGUCUCUACACAGAAACUUGGUGCUUUGAAUAAUGAUAAUGCACUACCAUCUACUAGUUAUUUGCCAGCUACACCAAGUAUGGUGCCAUCAUCUUCCUACAUUCCCAGCUCUGAAACACCACAAGGUAAAUGCUAA